GUUCUAGCGUUUCAAUGCGAAUAAGAAACUCACAACUAAAUGAAUUUUUCGUAGUGUCCAAUCCAAGUGGUCCAAUCAUCAAAGAGGGGGGAAACAAGAACCAUCUUAUUUGAACCUUGCCUUUGAUGUAAGAAUAGAUAUUAUAUUUAAUAAGUAAUUUAAGUAUGAAGAUAUUUCGUACUUCGAUUUUCAUUUAACAUUAAUGUGUCCAUGUGUAACGUGGUAACUAUAAUAUAAAUCUGCUGGAAGGUGUUAGUUAUUUGUUAGAACUAUGUCUUCAUCAUUGUAUGGUGAUCUAAUGAGUGAGGGUAAAAAGCUUGCUGCAGAAGGUAAACUGUAUGAAUCCCUCAGCAAAUUUGAGCAUGCCAGAAAGAUUCAAGAGACACCAAAAGUCCUUCAGAGAAUCCAGCGUUUAAAGGAAUUUAUACAGCAACAUAAGAAUAAAAACGAAGAGUCCCGUGUGCAAAAGGGAGGAAAAACAAAGGAUUCCUUAGAGAAACAAAAAACUCCAUCUAAACAACUUAAAAAUCAUGAUGUGCUACACGAAACCCAAAAAGUAGAAAAAACAAAUGAUUCUCCAUUGCAGGCAAAAACUAUAUCAGAACAACAUAAAAACCAUGAUGUCCUACAAGAAAUUCAAAAUGUUACUGAGGUAAUUGAACUGCCUGAUAAUCCAAGUGAGUUAAGCCCAUCCAACUUGAAUGAGUUUAAUAAACUUAAGAAGACAGCCAUGAGCUUUUCAUAUGAAGGUCGCUUUCAGGAUGCUCUCAAUACCUUCCAGAAAUCAUUAAAAUUGUGCAAUUGCCCACUUGUGAAAAAAUAUAUAAAAGAUAUUAAGAUUAUGAUUGCUAAGCAUGACUCAGAGUUGCUAGAAUUUCGCCAACUUACAUAUUCCGGGAAGAAAUUAGCUCAGGAUGGAAAGCAGAAUCUGUCAAUUCAGAAAUUAAAAGAAGCCUAUGAAAUUUGCCCCUCUCCUAAAAUUUCAAAAAUCCUUAAAACUUUAGAUGAUCAAAACAAUUCUAGUGAAAGAUCUUCUAUUUCAAAGAAGUUGUUCAUUAAUAGUGAUUCUACCAAUGAAUUUGAUUCUGUUAGGGUGGAAAACUCCCCUGAUGAAAAACCAGCUUUCAAAUUAUCAGAAGAAAGUGACAGAACUAGUGAAAGCAGCGUGCAAAUAGCAUCAUCUGAAUCUGAUGUUUUGAGUCCUGUUGCAUUAUGCAGAUUCAAUGAUCUGAAUAAAAAAGCGAGAUCAGAUGCCAGUGAAGGAAGACUUCAAGAGGCUUUAAGUGCUCUAAAAGAAGCUUCAUCAAUUUGUAAAACUGACAAAAUUUUGAAGCGAAUUAAAGACAUUGAAAAUAUUUUAAAAGACUCAGCGGAUGAUGGUGAUGACCAAAUGGUUGCUGUUGCAGAUGGAUUUUAUAUUUUUCAUGGAAUUUAUGAGAAGUUAUAUCCUUACCAACGUCUUGGGGUGUCAUGGAUGUAUGACUUAUUUAAAAAAUGCAAAGGUGGUGUGUUAGGGGAUGAUAUGGGGUUGGGCAAAACAUUUCAAGUAAUUGCUUUUUUAUCUGGCCUCAUUGAUGCUGAUUUGGUGAGGCAUAUCCUUAUUAUUAUGCCUGUAUCUUUGUUAACAAACUGGGAAAGAGAAUUUGCUAAAUGGUGCCCUGGUAUAAAGGUUUAUUUAUUUCAUGGAAGUUCAAAGAAAGAGCGUGAAAGAAAUAUUCUUAAGGUGAAAAGGAAAGGUCAUGUUUUAUUAACUAGUUAUGGAAUGGUAGUCAGCAAUUUGGAUUCUUUGGCUCAUAUGGAAGGGGAGAGAUUUAUUUGGGAUUAUGUGAUACUGGAUGAAGGACAUAAAAUAAAAAAUCCAACUAAAACCACAAAGGCUGUUCAUGAAAUUCCUGCUAAAAAUAGACUUGUUCUUACUGGUACACCCAUACAAAACAAUUUGAGGGAGUUAUGGGCUCUGUAUGACUUUGUCCAUCAAGGUGCAUUAUUGGGUUCCAUGAAAACAUUCAAGAUGCAAUAUGAGAAUAUUAUUACUAGGUCUCGUGAGAAAGAUGCUACUGCAGGAGAAAAGCGCCUUGGAACAGAAAUGGCUGAGAACUUGAAGAAACUGAUUCAGCCUUAUUUUUUACGUCGAACAAAGGCAGAGAUUUGGGAUAAUGAAAAGGCAGACGUGAAUGAUAUAGAAUGUAAAAUGGCAGAUUUGAGAAUAUCUAAUAACAGCAAUAAGGUAACUACCCGAAAGAACGAUUUCAUUAUUUGGUUGCCAAUGUCUGAUCAACAGUGCGAAAUUUACAGAAAUUUCCUCCAUUCAGAAGUUGUUAAAAAUAUUUUAGUUUCUAAAAGAUCUCCAUUAGUGGAAUUAACAACAUUAAAAAAGAUUUGUGACCAUCCUCGCUUAUUAAGUCAAAGAGCUUGUCUGCAGUUAGGUCUAAAUGGAGAACUAGAUGAAGAAGAUUUAAUGAGAGAACUGGAUGAUGAAGCCACAAUUGCCUCAUCUAUUGAAAAUGUUGCAGAUGAAACACUCAUAAUAGAAUCUGGAAAAAUGAAGUUUUUAAUUAACCUACUGGAAAAUCUUAAAGAGAAUGGACACCGAACACUCGUCUUUUCACUCUCUCGUAAAAUAUUGGAUAUGAUUCACCGUAUUCUUUUAAACAGGCAAUGGAAAGUUGUUAGAAUCGAUGGCACAAUAUCAAAAACAGAAGAGCGUGAAAGACGCAUACAGUUGUUUCAGAAGAACUCGUCAUAUCCUGUUUUCUUGCUGACGACUCAGGUUGGUGGUGUUGGAAUAACAUUAACUGCAGCUGAUAGAGUUGUAAUCUAUGAUCCUAGCUGGAAUCCAGCUACAGAUGCACAAGCAGUGGAUAGAGCUUAUAGAAUAGGUCAAACGAAGAAUGUGGUCAUUUAUAGGCUUAUGACUUGUGGAACAGUUGAAGAGAAAAUUUACAGAAGACAGAUAUUUAAAGAUUCUAUCACAAGGCAAGCCACUGGCUCAUCUGAUCCAUAUAGGUAUUUUUCUAAACAGGAGCUUAGGGAACUGUUUGUACUUGACAAUCCAAAUUACUCUGCCACUCAAGUGCAGCUCUCCCAAAUGCAUUCUGGUGAGAGAAAGACAGACUGCUCUUUGGAUGAACACAUUGCGUUCCUGCACUCACUAGAUAUAUUUGGAAUCAGUGACCACGACCUCAUGUUCUCCAAAAAUAUCAAGGAUGACACUGAAGAUAAUGAUGAAUCUGCUGUUUCACAUGACUAUAUCAAGAAACAGGUUGCUGCUGCUCAAGAGCGUAUCCAGGCCGAGGCUGCUGUAGUGGAAGAUGGUUUGCGAUUGGCUGGCAGAUAUACUAGACCUUAUACUGAAAACAUUCCUUCAUUCAAAAAUAACACUGAGAGAGAUACGUAUAAGGCUCCAUCAUUUCCUGACAUUGUUGAUUUAACUCAAGAGUCUCCAGUCAAGUCGCAAUCAAUUUAUCGUUCUGAUGAUGAUGAAGAGAGUGACAACAUUUCUUCCUCUGUUACGCCUAAAGAAGGAAUAAAGUUCUGUCAGGUUCAGUCUUCUAAAAAGAAAGAUAAUCUGAAGUAUAAGCCAUUAAAUUUGGAAAAAAAUAAAAUUACGCAUUACUAUAGUCCUGCUAGCUUGCCUGAAACACCGAACACGAGCAGUCCCAAGGGAACUCCCACGAAAGAUUAUUCCGUAGAAAAUGUUGAAACUCCAUCGGAAUCGAUCAAAGAAUUAAUUGCGAAGGAGAAGAAGCAUUCUCAUUUUGAAAGAACCGAUUUUAAUUCCAGCAAUGUUUCAGAAGGUAGUGAUUCGAUAAUCUACGAAGGCACUCGGACUUUCUCUAAUUCACCCGGAAGCAUGCAGCAUUCUAUGAAGAGGAAUUCGUUGAAUGAUAAUCUUUUAAUUGACAUGGAUACAGUUGGAGAAGUUUCAAAUAAUGCCGGAGAAGUUAAUAUGUUUGACGGUAGUCCUGCCGACCAUUUGAAUGUUGUUAAAGAAAGUUUGAAUAAUACUGGUAAAUCCAAUAUGUUGUAUGAAAAUCUUUCAGAGGAAUUGGAGACAGUUGGAGAAAAUAAGAUUAGAAAAGAUGAUGCGUUGAAAGAUAGUCCUUCAGAUUGUUUGGAUGCAGUCGUGGAAAAUUGGAAUGAUUCUAAAAAAUCCAAUGUCUCGAAGGAUAAUCUUUCAUACGACUUGGAGGAGGAUACACUUAAAAAAAGUUUGAAUGAGACUGGAAAAGUUGAUAGGUUGAAAGAUAGUAUUUCAGAUGAUUUGGAUUCAGUUGAAGAAAAUUUGAAUCAUUCUGAAAAAUCCAAUGUUUAUCUUUCAGACAACUUGGAUACACUUGAAAAAAGUUUGAGUGUGACUAGAAAAGUCGAAGGGUCGAAAGACAGUCCUUCGGAUGAUUUGGAUACAGUUGAAGAAAAUUUGAAUCAUUCUGAAAAAUCUGAUGUUUCGAAUGAUAAUCUUUCAGACGACUUGGAUACCCUUGGCAAAAGUUUGCUCCACACUGAAAAAACUGAUACGACAAGGGACAGUCUUUCAGAUGACUUGGAUGUAACUGAAGAGUUGGAACAUAACUUUUCAAAUGAACUGAGCAUAACAAAAGAAAAUUUGAAUGAAUCUAGAACUUCUGAUUUAGAUGUUCAAUGUGGAUCAUAUGAAUCUAAAAAUGAUCAUUCUUUGUCAAAUAUUAUGAAUCACGAUGAAGAUUUAGAAACUUCAACAUCAAGUCUACCAACUAAAGAAAAUUCACCACAUACUGCUGAACGGGAUGUUUCAUACAAUGUAUUGUCUAACAGUCUUAAGAAGGAACAUUUUUCUUUAUCAGUUAAGGAGGAAAAAUUCUCACCCGAAACGAGUGAAGCUAUUAACGAGCAAUAUCAUCCACUGAAUGAAAAUAAUAGUCCAAAAUCAACUGAUCUUCGUAAGAUUUCACUGAAUUCAAACAACAGGGACUUACAGGGUGGUCGAUUUUCCUACUCAGGAUUGCCAUCAAGAGUGAAAAAUUUGGAAUCAACUACGAAACAAACAAUGUCCACAAGUUUGUUGCAUCAUCUCAGUAAAAACUCAUUGUCAUUCGUUGACAAUCAGGGUGAUCCAAACUUAAAUUCUGAAAGAAGGCACUCAGAAGGAGCUCAUGGUGACUCAUCAGAAAUUUCUGAUUCACCAACUGUAAACAAAUUUGAAUCAAGAAAGUUAGACUCUUCAAGGCACCACCCACAAGAUAUGUCUGCAAUUUACAGAACUAGUUCACCUGUAGGGAAAAAAAUUUCUCAAGAUUUGACAUUGUUUUUGAAUGAAAGCCUUAACGACCUUAGUUUCAUAAAAUCGAAUACAACAUUGAAGAAAAGAAAAUCUUGUGCAAGAAACAUGCAUCUGCCAUCAGAAAGUGAUUCCAGUCAACCAGGCAGCUCUUGUGCCACCCCCGAACGCAUUGUGUCCGAAAGCGAGGAAGAAGUUUCGGAUGAUCCCGAGAAUUCAGUGGCCUCCAUUCCCCUCUCAAUUCCUAGCACACCAGUGGCCAGCAACGGAGGUCGUUCUCCGAGGAUAACUCCUCUAAGAUUGUAUGGGAAUUAUAUCUCGCCCAAGAAUAGUCCAUUUGCAAAGGCACUGGCGACAUCACCUCUCAUUCAAGUGGAUGCGACUCCUGCAGAAUCGCUCCAUUACGAUGACAGUCCUGUACAAAGAAAAAAUGUCACCAAGAAAAAUAUGGUGUUAGAUUCAGAGGAUGAGGAAUCAUCGCCUGUUUUAUCAUUCAAUCGGAAUCAAUUAAAUGAUUCAUCCAGCAAUGAAAGCUCAGAAGAAUCUGAAUGUUUUGUGACUCCGAAAUCCAAGCCGAAUUCUAUUAUUUACUCGUCAAGGAAAAAGUUAUUUAAAACUUACUUCAACGACAGUUUUUCUGAUUAGUUAUUAUUUUAAGUUUUCUUUUUCUGCUUAGAAUUUCUGUGAAAUUUUUUAUAUCUGUAGUAAAUUAAGUGGGAAAAGAAUUUUAAUGUAAAAAAUUAGA